GUCACGUGACCAUCACGGGAGACCAACCCGGAAGUAAACAUGGCGGUGUGCAUAGCGGUGAUCGCAAAAGAGAACUAUCCGUUGUAUAUCCGAAGUGUUCCCACUCAAAAUGAGCUGAAAUUUCACUACACAGUCCACACGUCUCUGGAUGUGGUGGAGGAGAAGAUUUCAGCCGUGGGUAAGUCUGGUGACCAGAGAGAGCUGUAUCUAGGUCUGCUCUACCCCACUGAGGACUACAAAGUAUAUGGUUAUGUGACCAACUCCAAAGUAAAAUUUGUCAUUGUGGUGGAUUCAUCAAAUACAUCACUACGGGACAAUGAAAUUAGAAGUAUGUUUAGAAAGUUGCACAAUUCUUUCACUGACGUCAUGUGCAACCCUUUUCACAACCCCGGGGACCCAAUUCAGUCCAAAGCAUUCGAUGGCAUCGUGUCUGGGAUGAUGGUCCAAAAUGCUUGACUUUUGCAGUCACCUGUCACUGUACAUAAAGCCUUGAGUAUUGUGUUGUACAUGUAAAUUAUGAAUUUGUAAAUAAAUCAUUGCAAG